AUGCAAUCGCAGUCAACAUGGGGUGGUUACGGCGGGGACGACCCGGCGCCACGAGAGCCUGGGGCGCGACGCAAGAAGCUGGCGGCCAUGGCUGGAAGUGUUUACAGAGCUGGCGUCGCAGCAGCAGGGGAGAUGAGGGAGCAGUAUAACAACACGCGCUUCCGCAACGUCGACAAUUCUAUCGACCCUCAGAUGACCAUCCCAGGCUCAUUUCCCAAUGUCAAGAUUGUGCACAGGGGUGACGAGCAGAUGGUUCUCUUUCCUUCAUAUGCCAAGAGGCAUGUUCGACAGUUUGACGACCAUGGCAAUAGGCUGGACCAUAGGCACCAAAUGUCGAUGCAGUACCAGGACGGCCAGGCAGCCAUGAACGACGAAGAGUACUGGCACAACGAAUGGGCAAAAGUUGAGGACGCAAAAGCCAUCGUGGAUGUCGAUGUGCGCGGCUGGAUAUACUCUCCACACAAGGGACCUAUGACGAGAAAAAACAGAAUUUUGAUCGGGUUGGCAAGACGCAUGAGUGGUAUCCCUCCACCCACAAUAACGCAGGACAGUGGCGGACAUGAGGAUUUGCGCGAACAGCAAAAGAUUGCCAAAGAGGCCGAGGAGAUUGAAAGGAGAGGCAAGGGGGAGGAGGAAGUCGCGAACCGCGGAGGAUACAGCGAAGCGCCCUAUAGUCGAGGCGGUGCUUACGACCAUGAGUCCAGCAGUCUGACUGCAGGCCGGGCGCAUACCAUUAGCAGGAGUGGUUUCGGGACACCAAAUUCUCCUCCGGGCUCCCCUACGAUCCCAGCUCGUACCAAUACUAGUGUCCCGACCUCUGCCUCUGAGCUGACUGAGGCCGAGAUGGCCGUUGCAAAUUCCAAUUUGAUGGCACGGCUGGGCCCCUUUCUGACGACGCCGUUAGUGCAACAAGCAGUCACAAUUUUCUUUUAUAAUGAGCAGACCUCUCAGUCUCGCACCGUGACGACCAAUGAUGCCGGUCACUUCAGCAUACGUGCUGCGCUCGACUUUGUGCCAACCGACAUUCGCGUAUUGGCCAACGAAAAUCUUUCGGCUACGGAACCUGUUGAGAUCAUCGAGCCUCGUGGCAUAAGCCUCAUCAGCGACAUUGAUGACACCAUCAAGCGUUCUAACAUCUCUUUGGGCGCUCGUGAGAUUUUCCGAAAUACGUUCAUUCGGGACCUGGCCGAUAUGAGUGUUGAGGGUACCAAGGAGUGGUACAACACCCUGCAUGACAUGGGGGUGCAGCUUCACUAUUGCUCAAAUAGCCCAUGGCAGCUGUUUCCUGUGCUAGCCACCUUCUUCCAUGGUUCAGGCUUGCCCCCGGGGUCAUUGCACCUUAAACACUACGCCGGUAUGCUGCAGGGUAUCUUUGAGCCUGUAGCUGAGCGCAAGAAAGGGACUCUUGAGCGCAUCAUGGAGGACUUUCCCGAAAGAAAGUUUCUCUUGGUAGGGGAUAGCGGUGAGGCGGACUUGGAAGUAUACACUGACUUGGCCAUGGCGAAUCCUGGCCGCAUCUUGGCCAUUUUUAUCCGUGACGUAACGACUCCCGAGGAGCCCCCAGGCCUGGCCUUCUUCGACUCGGCCUUUGACCCGACGGCCGGCCUAAGGCAGAAGGCCAUCGAUAGAGCAGCAGGCGAACGGUCGUCAAGUCGGCCAGCCCCUCUCGUCCGAACACAGAGCAUGCCAACCAAAACUGAAGCGCCAGUGGAGGAUCUCAUCGACCUGUCAGAUGAGCCGGAGCAGCUCAAACUUAAUACCACAGCACAAAAACUCGCGGGUCUUAGCCUAGACAAUGGCCAAUCUGCUGCCCGCCGCAAGCCUGUGCCUCCGGCUCGCCCAGCCAAGCCUGCUGCACUCAGGGGGUCACCCUCCUUCACUCGGGACAAUUCUAUGCAUCCUCUCGCACAAAUUCAGAACUCGUCCUUCCAGUCAACAAAUAUUGAAAGUGAAGUACCGGCACCGCCCUUACCUAAGAGGCCGGGUGGCUCUCCGACCAAGACGCCUUCAUCCUCAAAUAGUUUAACGAUGAACAGUCGCAACGGCUCUGACAAUAGCAAUGGCAACGGCAAACCCAAGCCCGUUCCACCACCUUCUCGCCGCGGUACGCCUAUGAGCCAAAUUGGAUCACAGCAGCGAAAGCCAGGCACUGCUAGCAACCCAGAAAUGUCUUCUCAGGGGAAAUGGGAAAUCCUACCUCCUCCAGCACAUCCGGGAAUAUCUCGUACCUCAACCGGCGGAACCAUGGCAUCGACAACGACGACAAACAACGGUGCAACGACUGCGGCUACAAACGCAAUUAACAAGAGAGUGGAGCUAUGGCACCGUAGAUUAGAGCGGGCACAAGAGAGUCUCUCUAGCCAAGGGGUAGCGCUGUACACAUGGCGCAGGGGCGAUGAUGUGAUCCUCGAGGCUACGGGGAUUGUGAAGAGGGCAAUGGCUGAGCUGAAAAGAUAG